CUAUAUAAGCAGCUCGUCCAACCUUGGGAGGCACCCAGCAGCAGCCAGCUAGCUAGCUACUCCUACUCAGCAGCAGCAGCAGCUCAGGUCUCUCCAGUGUUCUUCGAGCUAUACACUAGCUCUCACAGAUUUUUGCUCCGACUCAUCAAGCGGAUUGAUUCGAUCGGCUGUUAGAGAGAGAAAAAAGGAGAGUUGGAGAUGGUGAGCCAAGUGGUCGCCGAGGAGAAGCCGCAGCUGCUGUCCAAGAAGGCCGGGUGCAACAGCCACGGCCAGGACUCGUCCUACUUCCUGGGGUGGCAGGAGUACGAGAAAAACCCGUUCGACCCCGUCUCCAACCCUUCCGGCAUCAUCCAGAUGGGCCUCGCCGAGAACCAGCUGUCGUUCGACCUGCUUGAGGAGUGGCUGGAGAAGAACCCCCACGCGCUCGGCCUCCGGCGAGAGGGCGGCGGCGCCUCCGUCUUCCGCGAGCUCGCGCUGUUCCAGGACUACCACGGCCUCCCGGCUUUCAAAAAUGCAUUGGCGCGGUUCAUGUCGGAGCAGAGAGGGUACAAGGUGGUGUUCGACCCCAGCAACAUCGUGCUCACCGCCGGCGCCACCUCGGCUAACGAGGCGCUCAUGUUCUGCCUCGCCGACCACGGCGACGCCUUCCUCAUCCCCACCCCAUACUACCCAGGGUUCGACCGCGACCUCAAGUGGCGCACCGGCGCGGAGAUCGUACCCGUGCACUGCGCGAGCGCGAACGGGUUCCGGGUGACGCGCCCCGCGCUGGACGACGCGUACCGCCGCGCGCAGAAGCGCCGGCUGCGCGUCAAGGGGGUGCUGAUCACCAACCCGUCCAACCCGCUCGGCACCGCGUCGCCGCGCGCCGACCUCGAGACGAUCGUCGACUUCGUCGCCGCCAAGGGCAUCCACCUCAUCAGCGACGAGAUCUACGCCGGCACGGCGUUCGCCGAGCCGCCCGCGGGCUUCGUCAGCGCGCUCGAGGUCGUGGCCGGGCGCGACGGCGGCGGCGCUGACGUGUCCGACCGCGUGCACGUCGUGUACAGCCUGUCCAAGGACCUCGGCCUCCCGGGGUUCCGCGUCGGCGCCAUCUACUCCGCCAACGCCGCCGUCGUGUCCGCGGCGACCAAGAUGUCCAGCUUCGGCCUCGUGUCGUCCCAGACGCAGUACCUCCUCGCGGCGCUGCUCGGCGACAGGGACUUCACCCGGAGCUACGUCGCGGAGAACAAGCGGCGGAUCAAGGAGCGGCACGACCAGCUCGUGGACGGGCUCAGGGAGAUCGGCAUUGGGUGCCUGCCCAGCAACGCCGGCCUCUUCUGCUGGGUGGACAUGAGCCACCUGAUGCGGAGCCGGUCGUUCGCCGGCGAGAUGGAGCUCUGGAAGAAGGUGGUGUUCGAGGUCGGCCUCAACAUCUCCCCCGGGUCGUCGUGCCACUGCCGCGAGCCCGGCUGGUUCCGCGUCUGCUUCGCCAACAUGUCGGCCAAGACCCUCGACGUCGCCAUGCAGCGCCUCAGGUCGUUCGUCGACUCCGCCACCGGCGGCGGCGACAACGCCGCCCUCCGCCGCGCCGCCGUCCCCGUCAGGAGCGUCAGCUGCCCGCUCGCCAUCAAGUGGGCGCUCCGCCUCACCCCGUCCAUCGCCGACCGGAAGGCCGAGAGAUAAUCGCCAAGAACAAAACCACACCAUGUCCAUUACUAUUACCAGUAGUAGCACAUACUAGUACAUUACUACGUCACAGUACACUAUACUAGUAGCAGCAGUAGCAGAUUCCUUUCGUUUCUUGUAAUCUUUUGGCGCCAUUUUUUUUUCCUCGGAUCGAGGCGUGCAUGCCCGAUGGUCUCGGAUGAUCACAUAUCGAUCCAUUCCAUCAGCCGGCAUCGGAUCGAUCCCGUAUUUUUCACUGGGAAUUUUCAGUUUUCCCCCGACACUGAAUUUCUCCCAGUUGUUGUAACCUAUGGAAAGUAUUAUUGCUCGUCAAUAAAAGCUAGUGCCCACCACUUGUAGUUCA